AUGUAUACGUUGACGCCUACGCAAAGAGAGCGAUUUCGAGUCCAGCGGAAGUUGAUGCAUCAAGGUGUCGGGAUUCAGCAGGUCAAGCGAUACCGUGAUUUCCAAAACGAUGAAAGCAAAGUCGUGGCGUAUGACCUCUUGAGUACCCCAGAAAACUACGUAGCGCAUUUUGAGCGAUAUGCGACAAGCGUUGUCUCCAUCAUUGGCUUUGGCAGGAGGGUGGCGAGCUCAACAGACCCUAUCAUCACCGAGGUUAUCGCAGUGAUGCAUCGCGCAGCGGACUUGAAUGUGCCAGGAAAGACGUUUCCAAUGUUACUGGAGACAUUCCCAUUGCUAGCUAAGGUACCAACUGAAUAUGCGCCGUGGAAGCAUGGACUGGGGAAGAGAGGCAAGUCGCAUCGCGGUCACGACUUCUUCUAUUCUCUCGCCCACGAAGCCAACGAGAAACCUGGCCAUGAUGAUUGUUAUGCCAAAAUGUUGUUCAAGGAGCAAGAGAAAUACAAUCUGUCCCCAAGAGAGAUUUCCGCACUUUCAGGGAACCUCUUCGGUGCUGGUUCGGAUACCUCAAGCAGCACACUCAUAACGGCUGUUUUGGCAAUGCGCGCAUUUCCUGAAACCUUGAUACCAGCCUGGGAAGAAAUCGAUCGUGUGGUCGGUCCCGAUCGGAGUCCGUCAUUCGAAGACGACGCGAACUUGCCAUACGUACGUGCUUUUGUUAAGGAAGUCUUCCGAUGGCGAUCAGUCGCGAUCAUCGGCGGACAGCCACAUGCACCAACACAAGACGACUACUACAACGGCUACCUCAUUCCAAAGUCAACAUGGGUGCAAGGCAACGUAUGGGCGAUUCACCACAACGACCGCGAGUUCCCGGAACCUGAUCGCUUCAAUCCAAACAGGUUUCUCAAGAAUCACCCCGAUGCACGUCCAUUCCCUGGUGAGCGCGGGUAUAUGACAUUCGGCUGGGGAAGGAGAGUUUGCUCGGGACAAGCAUUGGCAGAGCAAGGUACAUGGCUAACGAUCGCACGACUUCUGUGGGGCUUCAGACUCGGACCCGCCUUGGACGAGAAUGGAAAACCAGUGCCGGUGGACAUCUUUGACUACACGUAA